UGAUGUUGUAUGUAGUUAUUUUUGUGAUUAGUGAAGAAAUAUUCGUAUUCCAAAUUAAGGUGAAUUAUGUUGAGAAAUAUUUUAAAAGGUUUUAUUAAUGUGCCAAAGUCGGAAUUUAAUUUGGCAAGAUUUAGUUCUUUUAGGACCUUGAACCAGAAAGAGAAUCAGCAACAAAAGGAAAAUGUUAGACCGAACUACGAAAAUCGCCAAAGAAAUUUAGAUUUGGCCUUCGAAACGAAUGCUAUCCUCUCGACCUAUCCAGAGAUCCACGAAGAACUUAUAAACGAACAGUUGAUAUACCACCAAAAUUAUCCAGAUCUGAAACUCAGAUUUUCAAAAUUACUCGACCAUCACCUAAAACUAGAUCCUAAAUAUUUGGCUAGAGCAAUAUUUAUGGUCCAUGCUUACCGACUUUUAGAAAAGCCAUCAGUUCUCAAUCAAAGCAACCUGAAAAACGCUUACGUGCUAGGAUGGUGUCAUAAAAUGCAUGAUGCCUCCCUUUUACUGGACGACGACAUAGCAGAUGCUGCUGACACCAGGUAUAAUAAACCAACAUGGCACACUCUUCCAGAUGUAGGUGUCAACCAAGCGAUUCUUGAUGCAGCGUUUUUAGAAACGGGUGCUAAUAUCCUCAUAUUAAACCACCUAUCCUCUCAUCCACAAUGUAUUAAUAUCCUAAAAUCAAUUUUGAAAUCGUUCUCAAUCACGAACGUGGCUCAAAUAUUCGAACUACAACAGUUCAAAAUGGAGGAGGUAGAGAAGUAUCAAAAUUUUAUAAAGUUUUACCAUUAUAACCUACCUUUGAUUAAAUCUGCCCUUUAUUUGGCGAACAUUGAUGACGAAAGUAUCCAUGCUAUUGCUGAAGAAAUUUGUCUUGAGAUUGCAGUGUUUCAUAAAAUUCAUGAUGAUGUGACUUGUGUAUUCAGCCCAUUCUCCGACAUACAAAAGUCCUGCACUGAUAUAUCCGAAGGAAGACCAACCUGGCUUGCCGUAGAAGCUUACAAAAGAGGGAAUCAAGAACAAAGAAAAAUAUUAGAGAACCAUUAUGGUGUCAACAACAAGGCAUCAGUUGCAGAAGUUUAUAAAGUUUUUACACAGUUAAAGCUAAAGGAAGCUUAUGACGAAUUAAAGGAAGAUUUUUAUGAAGACAUGCAUUUUAAGAUACAUAAUAAAUUACCCAAAUGUAUACCUCCAAAAUUAUUUAUAGAUUUACUAGAUUUUGUUGUAAAUGACAGAUUUAAGCUUUAAUGUUAUAAGCUUUAAUGAUGUAAUGUCAUAUAACUGGAGAAAAUAAAGAACUGUUAAUUUAA